ACUCCUGUGUCCAGCCAUGCGACCGUCAUGAUCUGAUGUAGUUGCGUUCUGACUUUCAAUUCUUCAAAAGUUUUCAUUUGGAAUUUGUCGUACAAAACAUAAAACAAAAAAAAAAUUCUACUUGUUUUUGAAACAACCACAUUUAGCCCAAGUAACAUCACUCGCUUACUGCUUUUACACAAUGCAAAGCUCCAUAGAUGAGCUAACAAAAUUAGCAUUGAUGUUAUAAUUCUGCAAGAUAUUUGAACACAAAUUGUGCAGUCGCAUAUGAAGAUGGAUAAUAUAACGACACUUAUUCUUUAUCCUCUGCAAAAUAAAUACAAAAUAUUACUGGAGCUUACUAAGCAGACUUUUUGUAGAGUCUGUACUGGUGUAGAAUUCUUCCCCCUGGUAGCCAAGGCGCUGACACCAACGUGCGCAUGCACAGGAUGUGGCUGGCACAGAUUGUCUUCUAUUCUUUUCAUUCUUGAAAUAUGUUUUGAGAUACAUGUGUUUUUACUUAUGAAUGUGGUCAUGGAACAAAUUAAAAUACACCAAACCUUUUGUCUGGUUAAGUAUUGUUCCUUUACAAAUGCUUAAAAUGUGGUUUGAAAGCUAAAAGCUAAAGAUUUGAAAUAGUUCCUCUAUAAGCACUGUUACUACCAUUUUUGUGUGUACAAGCGUAUAUUAAAGUCUGUAGUUUUCAAAGCCAAACUUAAUGAGUCUGCAUUGCAGCUCGUUGCCUUGCUGGCUGUCCUCUGGGUCUUUUCCUUUCAGGAAUCUAAAUCAAUAAUUCACCUGGCAGCUCAUAUUGAUGGCACCUGCUCCCUUUUCUCUCGCCCUCGACCGCUUGCCCGCUGUAAUCCUGAGGCUGAGCUGAAUUUUCAUCACACGGGCAGGAAAAUGAUUUCUUUUUGAGCGCGUGUAUAAGACAGGUGUUCUUUGGGCCAGUCAGAAGGGAGUAGAACUGAGCUAAUGGUCACUUUUAGCACGUGAGGACACUGACACCUCAAUUUUUUAUUUUUUUUUAUACUUGUUCUGACCCUGCUGUCCUCUGUUGAAGCUCUUACAUAUUUGAAUUUCAUAUUUGCGCUACCGUCGGGCACCAUGUCAGGAACUAAUAGUGACCAGAUGCACAGAUCCACCUUAUCUGUCUAUUCCAACCUGAUGGAACAUUUCAACCCCGGCCUUCAGAAGCUCGUUGCUUUGGGUAACAGCUAUGUCAAAGCUUUUCAAGCAUUUGCUGUUUGUAGUGAGGCCUACUUCAGUGCCGUAGCCAAAAUGGGAGACCAGGCGAUUCACACGCUAUCUUCUCGCUCUCUUGGUGACGUCCUGAUCCAGAUAUCUGAGACACAACGCAGACUCACUGCUGAGAUGGACGGAGUGUUUCAGUGGUUCCAGGUGGAGGUAUUGCAAACCAUGGAGAAGAAUGUCAAGUUGGAUGAGGAGUACAUCGACGGUAGCCGACGAGUGUAUGAACUGGAGGUGAGGAACCAGGCGGAAGCUUUGGAGAAACAGCUAAGACGGGGAGCCUUCAGAGAUUCUCUGGAGAGCAGUGACUACAUGCAGUACUUGAAGCAGAGCCAACACGACAUCCUGAAGGAGGAGGAGAGGAGAUAUCGUUUUUUGGCAGAGAAACACUGCGGUCUGACCCAGUCCCUUCUCUUCCUGGUUAACAAGACGGGCAUGUCUCUCCAGCAUAAAGCAGAGGGAUGGAAGGUGAAGGUCAAUGAAACCAGAGGUUCUGGAUCUCGAACUCCCACUAAUUUGGACCAAGAAGCACAGUUGCGAGGCUCUGUGAGCUCCCUGCUGCAAACUGUAGCGAGAGAUGACGACAUGUCCUGGGCCAGGCGGGAGCAGCAGGCGCUGGGCAAGGUGCCGUCACGAGCACCAUCCCCCAUCCCCACCCACUCUCGCUCCAGCUCGAUGGGAGAAUCUUUGGGUGUGGGUGGAGGGCAUCCCAUGAAGGCCCUGGUGUCUCAUCCCGCCUCAUCCAACCCCAAGCUGCUGCCUUUCAACAGAGGGGAGAUGGUCACCGUACUGGUUCUGGAACCGCGCAACGGCUGGUUGUACGGUCGCACAGACUGUAAUUUAAGGCAGGGUUGGUUCCCUGCUGCCUAUGUGGGCCCCAUUGACGAUUUUGACAGUGGCCAUUCUCACCAAAAUAGCAGUGUUAACAACCUGCUAGACCCCGGUGAGACCCAAAACCAGCAAUCGGAAAACAAGAGCUACGGCAAUGUCCCUCCGCCAGCCACGCCUAACCGCAGAGCAUCCGCAGAAUUCCGGCCCAUCUCUCCGCUCCCUGAGAAGAAAGCGGACCACGUGAUGGAGAUGAAACCCAUUCAAACAAAGACCCUGCCUGAAGUACCUCCUCCACCGCCCCCUCCCCAAAAGAGCCUGAAUCCUCUGCAGGGCUUUGUGGCUCUACAACCCGCUUCUCCCACCCCUGACGCACAGGCUUUAUCAGCCAACGGGCCACCUGAGAACCCUCUUUUUCCAAGAGGCACAAACCCAUUCGCCACCGUGAAGCUUCGCCCCACCGAGACCGAUGACCGAUCCGCCCCUCGCAUCCAUUGAGUGGACUCGGCCGGCCUUGUGUUUGCACGUGAGGCGGCAGUGAUGAAACAAG